AUGAGAGACCGCCCUCAUUAUCGAGAUCACGGGCAUGCCAUGCCACUCGAAGAGGCACAAGGGCUGUUACUUCCACCCUCCAGAAUAGGUAACCGGGGACCUCUGAAUGUAACGAUUGUACAGGUUGGCAGAGGAAAUGGAGGAGGUGGAGAUGGCGGAAAUGAUUUACUGAGAUUGGAACCACCAUCGGAUUUGAGACCGGCUCCGUCGCCCCUAUCUGAUACCAGUACUAUCUUACAGUCUGACAACAAUGACACUUUGGUUGGAGGUGUCGAUCCAAGGCUAUUGCUGGGAACUGGUAGCGAUCGCGCUUGGGAAGGUCGCUACCACGUCAAGGAACAUCGACGUGCUGGGAAAGCCACCUUUCAGGGUCAAGUUUAUAACUUCUUAGAGCGUCCCACUGGUUGGAAGUGCUUCCUGUACCACUUCUCUGUGUAA